CCUGACUAUUACAAACAAAGUAAGAGUUCAACUAGCGUAUCAAAUAAAUGACGUCACGCGGCCUCAAACCCGUCGUUGUCUUCUUUGCCAUUACCGUAUAAAUAGUUUCCGGGUGCUACCUGUACUUCGCUUAUCCGCAAUGUCCUCCAUAGUAACAGCCUUGUUCAAAGUCACCAUCGGUUUGCUAGUCAACAAAGGCAGAGAUAAGGCCGCAGAGAUUCUGAAAGAUGGCGAUGUAACAGAUCAAAGAUUCCACUCCUUGAUCGUCCGUGAAAUAGACGACAUCAAGUCAAAGUUGGACGCGUUAUCGAGGAAAGAUUUAGAAGCGAGUAUCAGUUUCUUUGAGGAAGGAAUCGCGUUGUUGUAUGAAGUGUUUGACAUAGUAAAGUCUAGAAACGAGCGUGGUGCGGCAACAGCACAAGCAGCUUGCGAUGAAGCAUUUUCUCUCGUUGAAGGAAUCACGAGGUUAGAGCUUACUGGCCUGGACGAGUCUGCAACAAGAAAGCUUUCCGCUGCCAAGAAAAGAUUCAAAGAUGCUCGAAGGGAAGCAACGAGGGCCUUUAAAAACGAAGGCCUCAAAACAUCUGACCGCAUUCUAGCCAUGAAGUAUCGUGUAAUGGCAACGAUCUUGGAAACAGUAGAUAAUCCCGCUGAUGCAGUGGCGCCAUGUGGAGUGUGUGUAAAGGAACUUAACAGUCUGCCAGCAGUACAGAAUAGCUUUGACGUUCAGCUCAAGACAGGCAUUCAGAAAGUGAGGGGUUUAUUUGGUAAAGAGGAAAGAAGGGAAAUAAUUUUCAAUGUUUGUCAUGUGAAUCGCGUGAUCUUUGAUAUUGCGCUCGCAUUGGGGAGACUUGACUUCUGCCCAAGUGUUGAUAUUGGAGAAAAUAGAGUUAUUCCAUUGUGUGACAACAGGGUAAAACACGUGUUACUCAAACAUGGUAAAGAGUAUUGUUAUGUUCCAUCAAGGUUAUUUGGUCACAAGGGUAAAGAGGAACACAAGCUGAAGAACCCAAACGGUAUCGCGACCAACUCCAGCGGACAAUUUAUUGUAAUAGACUCGCAUUACGUGAAGGUGUUUGACAACAGCGGCAAGUUUGUGAAACAAUCGAGUCUCUCUACCGAUGAAGUAAAUACAACAUAUGCUCGUGAAGUUGCCACAGACGUGAGCGACAACAUUUUCGUGCUAACCAGACUGGAGAAGCCUGGGAGAGAGGAAUCUUAUUGGGUUUAUAAACUUACUAAAACCGCUGACCUGCAUCACACGUUUCGCCUGAGGGGAGAGGACAAGUACAGCGGACUGUCAGUCAGUGAUAAAGGGAAAGUGGUGACCUUGCGGGGCUGGAAUACAGUGGAGGAAUAUAACACUGAUGGAGAGUUUGUUCGCAGUUUUGGAAAAGGAAUAAUAAGGUUAGCGUUUUCUGUCAUAGUUACUAAUGAUGGCCGUGCUAUGGUAGUAGAUCAAGGUGACAAAUGUGUUCACAUAUUCGGUGAAUCCGGCGACUAUCUUGACAAGUUCAAACUGCACCGAAUUGACUAUGAUUACAUAAGAUUUACAUUUCACCGAGCUGGUGAACAAGUCGUCGUCGCCGGUAUUCGAAUGGGUGAACCCGUGCAGGUUGUAGUAUACAGUAAUGAUGGUGAGUUUGUGUACUGUGCAGAAAUCGAAAUUGAUAAAUUCAAUUUGGUGAGAGAGAUAACGAUGACAACCAAGGGACGCAUUGCUUGUGUUGUGAAUGUCAAGGUAAUCAUUUUUUGAAGAGGGUUGUAAAGGGGAGGUCCAAAAAGAAGAAAAAUUUGAUAAACAACGUUAAGAUUCACAUUUCUCUAAAAGGAAAAAUUCACAGUUCACAUGGUCUUCAUUUCAUAUUGUUACAAGUCAUGUAAAGUAAAAAGUCACUUGUUUAAUCCUGCAUCAUCCAAAAGCCUCUCUUUGAACUGCUGGUUUUGAUGGUUUCUUGUUUUUCUAAAUUGUUCAGUUAUCUUUUUUGGCUGAACUCAUUCGUAAGAAGUAGUUUAUUUCCAUAUUUCCUUUUUGACAUUGAAUUUCCAAAGUGUACGUAGCUUUUAUGAAGAUUUUGACAGAUUAUAUGAAGUGUUAGUUUUGAUUGUGAUGACUUUAAUGACAGAACAUUUAGUUUCCUUCUUAGUAUGUAAACGAACAGUCACGUGUAUUUGAACCGUUUUAUUUACAUGUCAAUAUUGCGUAGUAAGGUUUCUUUUUUGAGGGAGGGGUGGGAAGGAUUUGCAGAACCUUGGGAUGACAUUGAUUUUAUUUCCUUAUUUAACUCUUGGCUAGGUUGGUUGGUUCUGACUUUGCCUCUCGAUGCAUUAAAAGUUUGUUACUGUUUCAUGUUUUAUUAUAGGCUGUUUAGCCUAUUUCUUUAUACAUUGAAGUUACUUUAUUUUCAAAUAGUGAAAGUUUUAGCCAAAAUUUAAUGCAUUUUAUUGCAAAUUGUAGUUAGAAAUUUCUAUAAGAAUUAUUGUUUUGUUAAAAAAAACUUGUUUGAUUUGUAAAAUACCAAAACUGGGUAUCAAGCUAAACACAAUCAACUAGCCAAUACAAGCUUGUUCACUUAAUUCAUAGGGAAACCCUUUCAGAGUUUCAUUUCAUGCAAUGGAUUUAUUGAAAGGAAUGAUAGAAAAUUGAAGAAGUAUGGUUUAGCAGAAAAAAUUUAAAAAACCAGUUCAGUUAAUGUGGCCUGUCAUUCCUGUUUAUUCCUUUGGUAAUGUAUUAAAACAAUUUUUACUCAAAUCCCUGCCAUUUUUAGGAUGUUUAUUAGUCAUUGCACAAUAGAGAAUUAUCUAGUUACUGUGCAUGUGCAAAAUAUCCAAUUCAAAUUUCAAUUUUCUGA